GGAGUUUCCGUGUAUGUAAAAAUUCCAAAUACAAAGCAAAUUACGAAUUUGCGGUAAAUUAAUCGCUGAUAAUAAAUUAAAUAUGCGGAUGGGCCACGGUAUCAUGUCGAAAAGAGAAUGUCAACGAGUAAAAGAAGGAGUAAUAUUACAGAAAAGCGCAUUUAAAACAGGUGUAUACACAGUAGCAGAUAGGAGCAGGAGAUAUCUGAGGUAUAUAAGAUCGAGCGAUUUGUCGGUUGUGGUGUGCUCGCUGCUCUUCAAUAUGUUCCUUGUAGCACUCCUGGGGAUGUUUUACGUGUACGCGGUGUGCAGGCUCGGUUUCCUCGUCUACCAAAUUUACGCAUACAAGAAAAGUAGAGAGAAAGAGGAGCACAGCGAAGCAAAAUCACAGGCAGAGAACAUAAAUAUAACAUCACCGCUUGGUUUUUCGUUCAAGAUUUCUACAGAGGAUGGCAAGUACUUCAAACCGCACAACUUCAUACUCAUGACAGAUAUCGUCAAGAGCACGUACUACAUGAAGCAUCAUCAGUGUGGGAUGAGAAGGGCGCUGAGGCAGCAUUUCAAGCAUGCGAACUCGCUUCUACGGCAGUUUGAUGGUUUUCUUACCGCUGUUGAAGGCGAUUCUCUGAUCUGUAUCUUUACAGAUCUUCAAAACGCAGUGAGCUUCAGCAACAAAUUGUCAGAGCUGUCUGAAAGGAGUUAUAUAACGGGCAAUGAGUGCCUUCAGCUCCGCUGUCUCAUACAUCAGGGAAGGUUAGACAUAGUGGUGAUGCACACCGGUGUUUUGAUAGUUGGUAGAACGGUGGCUGAGGCGUAUGUGCUGUGUGAUAACGCCAAGAGCGGUGUACUGACUAUCAGCGACCAUGUGUAUGGGCAAUACCUUGAUUGUCCCGGUUCGACGAUUCGUUCUGAUCUUAAGAUGGAAAGGAUCAAUGUGAAUGAAAUGUGCAAAUACUUGUUCAAUAGUGAUUAAAUGUUUGUUAUAUGUACCA